CAACCUUCUGUUGAAUAUAAAGCCAAGAUAAAAGUAACUUGGUUUUCUGUUACAAAAACUGUUCACGUUAAACGAGUAAAUAGCACCUCAGAUCAUUAUCAUACUAUCAAUAAAGUUAAUAUGCGAAAGUGUUCAAAAUUUAUUAAGGAGUUAAUAAGUGAAGAA